AUGUCUCUUCUACCAUUCAUGUUUGACUACGACUGGCCACGCCACAGACCCAGCCGUCUUCUAGACCAAGACUUCGGCCUGGCUAUAACUCCGGAUGAUUUAUUAACAAUCGUCGCUUCUCCAAUGCAAACCCGGGACUAUUUUAGACCCUGGCGUCAAUUAGCAAACAUCCGAGACAUCGGUUCCAGUCUCAAGGCGGAUAAGGAUAAGUUCCAGAUUAAUUUGGACGUCCAACACUUUUCGCCUGACGAAAUAUCAGUGAAGACAUCCAAUGGCUAUAUAGUUGUUGAGGGAAAACAUGAGGAGAAACAGGAUGAACACGGCUUUAUUUCCCGUCAGUUUGUGAGAAGGUAUGCCCUGCCUGAUGGCUGUAACCCUGAUACUGUUGAAUCUCGUUUGUCAUCUGAUGGUGUGCUCACUGUGACCGCUCCAAAACAACCCUCGGCUUUGAAGAACGAGAAAAAUGUUCCGAUUCAACAAACCGGCCCAGUACGAAAGGAAACUAGAGAUGAAAUAAAAGAUUCCGAAGAAAAGAAGUGA